CCGGCCUCCGCCCGCCGCCACCGGUGUCGCCAUUGAUUGCUGUAGGUACACAAUUUCAGGCUCUAAAAUUCGACAACACUACUGUCGAGUGGGCACGAUAAGUUCUCAACUUGCCGUACGUGUUCACCAGCUAAUCAGGCAACCAGUGGUUAAUCAGUCAACCAGUGAAGAUGCAGUUCCAGUCUAGCAAUUCUGCCGAAAUGCCGGCUAAAGUAGAUGGGUCUGGUGCAAAAGAUUUGCCAGUUGACCCAAGUGCAUUUGGUUUUCCACAAAAUGCAAAUCAGGAAUAUUAUAACCGGGCUUUACAGUAUGGUUAUUCAGUUUCAAGGCAGGGUUUUGAAGAUAAAGGUUUUUUACCAAGUGGUCCAAAUUUUGUUCUGAAUAAUGCUUCUGCUCCACUGGGAGAAUAUCAACAGUUUGACCACUUUUCUAGACCUCUUCAGCCUGCAGAAUCUGAUGGAAUGCAGGUGCAAAAUAAUCGCACCAGUAUCACACAUCGCAGUAGACCUUCUGAUGUAUCCUGCCUUGAUCAUCUUGAAGAAACAACUUCUCACGAUACUGAUGGUUAUGAUGAUAGAGCUAUCUCAUUCGGAAGUAGUUGUAGCACAGGGAUUUUGUGUUAUCCAUAUAGCAGCCCUUUGCAAAGUGAUAACUGCAUUGCUGACAAGCAGGAUGGGACUUGGGCUGCGCUUAUGCAAAUGCAAGAGGCUUUGGAAGCACCUAAUGAAGAGUGCAGUGACUUGACUUUCAACAAUACAGAACUUUCAGGUGGGAACACCAUGCAGCACCAAGUUGUUUGGGACAAUGGCUGUUUAGCAAGUCCAUCUUUCACCUCAAACUUUUUACCCUUCCCUGGAGAGGCUGAAGCCACUGUCACAAAUACCAGCAGAAUUUGUAACUUACAAAACUCUGUUGAUCUCCCGUAUGAUAAUGAUGAAGGCAUAUCCUCUUUUGGGCUUAAUGUGCCUGAAUAUAACAGGGCAACUCUCUGUGAACGUCGAGAUGAAAUGCAUUCUGCUGACUUGAGGACAUAUCCUGUCCAUGGUGAAUCUUUUGAUUUGAUGCCAGUAACCCAGGGCAGACAGAAUGAUAAAUCACAUGAACAGUUCAGUUCAUUUGCAAACAGUGUAGAUGGAUAUGUAGAUAGUGGAAUGAAAAAGUUGCAUGGCUUUUAUGAUUGUGAAGAGCAAAUGGAAAUUGAUUCACUACUUAAUUCAUUUGGGGCAUCAAGUGAUACAUUUCCACAGACAUAUGAAUUAUUUCAGAAAGGGUAA